GAAUCGCCGGCUUCUUUGCGGUCGUGGUCUUUGGUGGCCCCGGCCUCGAACGAUGUUGCUCGCGAGCUUUCUUUUGCAGACCUGCAGCCUGAUGCUUUUCCUCCGGCUCCUUUGCCGGGGCCCUUGGACGUGGUUGCAGGUCUUCCUUUGAGAGCCUUCUUCGACAUCAUCGUCUUCGCCUUUGCCCCGGCAGCAUCGUAUGCGAUCCGGUCCUUUGCGGUGACCGGUGGCAGGAGCACCUUUGCCGCCGCAGCCUCGGCUGCAGCUUCGCCCGAGCCUUCAUUUCGCACCUCUUCGGGUACCCUGGAAAAGGAAUGGUUGCAGGUCCGCGGUCUUUGGAGUCGGGUUGUGCCCUGGCUGCUUCCUUUGAGCUCCUUCUUGCAGGAACUCCUCGCCAAGGCGAAUUGCAACGAGCUUCUUGAGCUGGUUUGGCGCCGGAACUCAGCUACCACUGUGAAGCGCUACCUGCAGUCGCUUUUUCGAGUUUUCUCGAUGCUGGAGGAUUUGGAGGUUCCUUUUCCCUCUUUUUCACAGCUUCAGCUGCACGACGCUGUUCUUGCUUUGCACCGCACCUUUGACGGUAGCCUCACCUUCGGCGAUAACGUGCUCAAGGCUUUGCGCUGGUCUCAGAAGGCCUUUCAGCUCGACUUGCCUAGCUUACACAGUGGUAUCUUUGCUGCUACAGCUUUAUUUCAGCGAACUGGUGAGAAACGCGAGGCGCCGCCGAUUCCGCUUGCAUUCGCUGUGUGGUUGGAGUUUUCCUUUCUUAAGGGCAUCGAGGAUAUGUCAGAGCGCAUGUUCGUGGGGGCCGUUUUGCUUUGCCUAUGGGCGAGCUUGCGAUUUGGUGAUGCCCAACAUGUUCGCUGGUCCUCUUUGCUUUUCGAUUUGGCGAGUCUUCGAGGGUGGUGCUAUAAGACCAAGACGCGCCCCAGAGGAACACCCUUUGCCAUCACUUCGGGUGGCUUUUGUGGCUGCCGCGCAGGCAACGACUGGCUUGCUUUGUAUUGCCUUUCCUUGAACCAGGUCUUGGCUCAGUGCCAUUUAUGCUUCGCUGCCGAUUGUGACCCCGAUGCUCUUUUCUUUUCUUUUGAUGCGGCGGCACCUUCAUUCGUGCCUCUGUCCUAUGGGCAGGCUUUGCUCCGGCUUCGUUCUUUAGCUGCCCGGUGGUCUCAGGAGCUUGGUCUGGUGUCGGAGCAGUGGAUUGCGGGGCUUAGCCUCCACAGCCUCAAGGCCACUUUCCUUUCGUAUGGAGCUCAGACCAACCAGAGCGAGCAGGAUCGAGCGGUCCAGGGUCAUCACAAGCUUGGCUCUGUAGCUUUGUACGGCAGAGAUGAUUGUCUACCUGCCUUGCGUUUGCAACGGGCCGUGGUCUCGUGCUUUUCUGGUGGCUGGCGCGCUCAGACUCCCUUGCAGCGAGGUCUUCUUACUUUGCAGGAGCCUCCUGUGGUGCUUCCCCCUAGGGACUUUGCUUUAUACCUGGAUUUAUCCGAGGUGCAUUGGCUUCUACGCUUUGACUCUGGACCGCGUUUGGCUGAGGACUCUGAGGCCUCUGCUUUGCCGACCAAGGUCGCUUUGCCUGAGACGUCCGCCUCUUCGUCGGACCAGCCCUCUGCUGCCAAAGCUUUGCCGGUUGCUUUAUCUGCCCCUGAUCCUGGUGAGGUUUCCGAGGCAGAGUCUGAGGACCUUGGCCAGCCCGAUGAGAUCAGUUUGAUUUCUUCUUUGCAGGGCAAGGCUGGAAGCACGUUCUCGAGCCUGGCCCGGCUUUUCAGUUUUGCCGACACCCUGCUUGCAACAAGGUCGGUGGCUUGGUCACUUUGCUAUUCCGCUGCUUUUGGCUUAUUUGGUAGCCCGUCUUCUUCGCCUAUGCCGCGGUACUUUGGAUCUCAUCUGCAUUUGCUGUCGCUUUACUUUGCGCAAAAGAUGCACUCCGAGCAGUUCAAGGCCAUCAUCAGCAACCUUCCUUUGCACCAGCUUUGCAAAUAUUUGUGCGAGAAGGCGCAGGAGGAUGGUUCAGAGGUUUAUGGGACUUUGUUGUGGGUGCCGGAGGAGGGCAGACUUGCUUUGCUUGACUGCCUGACUGCAAGCCUCGAAAGCCCUCCUUUGACUCCUCGUUCGGCUGCUGGUGCUGAUACUGCGGCGGAUGCUGCUGGGGGCUCUACUUUGCCGGCGAAGGAGGGUGGCUCCUCUACUUUGCCUUCUGCGGACCCUGCUCCUUCUGUGGAUCCUGGUACUUUGCCGCACUUUGGCAAGGAUGCUGCAUCGUCCUCGGACGAUCCUCCUUUGCCUCCUCCGAAAGUCGACCCUGCAGCUGCUGCCCAGGAUGCCACCGACCCUACGUUGCAGGAUCCUUUGCAGGACCCUUUGCAAGAUCCUUUGCUGUCGGAGGGGGGCAACCCCUACCCUGCCCACUUGCACCGUACUCCUUUGCAGCCUUCCAGUGCCUCGCCGGCUUCGUCGUCUACUUUGCCACAGGCCAGCCCUGGCGCUGCCGAUGCGGCCCCUGCUUCUACUUUGGAUCCUCCUUUGGGCCAAUCUGCGGGGGAUGGUGAUGGCGCACAUGGUGGGGCCCCUGCUUCGUCUCCUUUGCAGUCUGACACCGCGGGGGACAAGCCCGGGGUUUCCUUUGAUUCUUGCUUUGAUGACAUGCCCGCGGGUGUCUACGAGAAGCUUGGGCCCUACCAUGUGCGCCGGAUCAUGCGGGUGGAAUGCCAAGAAGAGUGCGAGGAGUGUGCCAGUGGGCAUUGCGGUGCCAUUCUUGAUGACAACGAGCUCAUCGCCUUGGCUGCCUCCUUCAAGGUCCCGGACUUACUGUUGCAAGCUUUGAAGGACGAAGGUUGGGACGUGCCUUCCUUUGCUAUGUCGGCCACUUCGGUGGCUGAAGUUGAUGGUGCUCUUUCUGAGCUCGUCCCGGACUCUAGCUUCACGUUGCAGGAGAGGGCGAAUUCUCGUUUGCUUUGGCAGCGGUGUCAUGCGAUGACGUGUGGGGCUGCCUUUGCUUUGCCGGAGCCUCCGGCUGAUCCCGCUUCACUCUCAGCUCGGGAGUCGUCAUCGUCUUGGGCGAGCCCGUUUCCUCCCAAGGUUGCGGCGGAUACUUUGCAAUCCCUCAAGAAAGAGUUCCUGAAAUCUUAUACUUCCGAAGUCUUGGACCCGGAUACCUUGCCCUCGCCCCGCCUGUUGGCUCUGGUAAAGGCCAACGUCGACGCUCUUCCUUUGCGGUCAGGCUGGCGCUGGGUGGCCUGGAAGUUUCGGCUUUCGCAGAGGGCCCAUGACGAAAAGGACAGUAUUGCUUUGAACUCCAGGCCGCGGAAGAUUGCUAAGCUUGACCUUUCCGAUCUUUUGCUUGACGAUAUACCUCUUCGAGAGAUACCGUCAUCGGGCCAGCUGGGGAAUUACCAGUUGUCGCAGAUUCUUUCUUUGCACUCUGUGGCAGUCGCCCUUUGCAAAGGCUGUCACCUCAGCACCCUUCGGGCUUAUGAACGUGCUUUCUUGGAGCUCGCAACCAAGCGGUACCCUGCUGAGUUGAAUUUGCGCAGCCCUGCGGCACAGGAGCUCGAACAUGCUGAUCGCAUGCUUUGGGAACAGAUUUCUGCUCUCCUUUGCGAAGAUUGGAAGCUGGAUGACGCCUUGCACCAAGUCACUGCGGUGAGGUGGCAGCUUCUUGCGACGGAGUGGCUACCUUUCUUGGUGGUGGUCACAUUUUGCUUCUCAUGCAUUCGGCCUCCGGUCUUUGGACCCAGCGGGCUACGAGAUCUCUUCUUUUGGAGGUCGAACUCACUUUUGGGUUCUCCAGCUUUGCUAUCUCUGGAUGCUUUGGUGGCGUUGCGUCCGGUCAAGCAGGCUCGCGAUCUCCCCAUCGCGUCGCAGGAUGGAGGAGGUAUUCAUUCUAAGCCCGACUGGUCUGUGCCGCCUUCUUCGGCUUCGGGGAUAUUUUCGCAACUUCGAAAGGAUUUCCUUACUUUCAUUUUGCAACACGGUCUCCACAGGCGCCUUCGAGACCAUGUGGCUGCGGCUUCGGAAUCUCCUUUCCUUUCCGAUAAGGAGGUCCUCGCUUUUCGGGGGAUCGCCAAUCGGUGGUUCUCUGCCCAGGGUGGCCGUGACGAUGUCAAUUGGGACAAGCCCUCGGGCCAGCCUUACUGUCUCCAUGCUUUGCACUCUUUGAGUCAGGUGGUGAAGGACGCCGACAAACAUUUGUUCUUGGCUUUGCUCGAAGGGGUUCCCACAGGCUAUGAUGGCGAUAUUCCCAAAUCUCAUGUUUUUACUGAGCAUGACAGUCCCCCUUCGGAUGGUGACUUGUUGCUUUGCUUUGGGAACUGGACGGGGGCCGAGGCCGACCCCGUUCUGCUUUGCGAGCUUUUGCAGAAAGAGGUGGAUGCCGAAUGGUUGGAGACCAUUCCUUUGCACGAGGCCCAGGCUCGCUGGGGCUCUCGCCUGGCUGUGGGGAUGCAUAAUGGUGCUUUGGCGGGUUUUUCCUUGGACAUCGAGGCUGCGCACAAAACUGUUCGUGUUCGCGAACGUGACAGAGGACUUCUAGGGGUGCAGCAUCAGCUUCCAGAUGGUACUUUGCGUUAUUUAUUUUAUCGCGUUUGUCCUUUUGGGGCCGUUUUCAGUGCGCAUUGGUUCCAGCGAGUCAGUGCUUUUCUGAUUCGUAUGCUUCACCCCUUCCUUUGUGUGCGCCACUCUCUUUUCAUGUAUAGUGAUGAUUUGCUGGGCAUCACGGAACAGUCGGUGUUGGAGAUCACCUUUGCUCUGGUCCUCGCAUUUUGCGUUUGCUUUGGAUACCCCAUUUCUUGGAAGAAGCUUCAAAUGAGCCCACGUAUCCUCUGGAUCGGUUGGUGCUUUGACUUCGGCGCUGGGGGGGUCGAAGUUCCUGUCGAUAAAACUUCGAAGCUGCUUGUUGGUCUGCGUGACAUCUUGAAGCAGGACAGGGUUGACAAACGUGAGCUUCAUCGUGUUAUUGGUCUUAUUCAGUGGAUCCUGCAGCUGUUUCCUUUGCUUAAGCCGUGGAUGAACACGCUUUAUUGCGAUUUGCAUUCUCCUUUGGGCACAAAUUACAGCAUGGAUCCUGGUGAUUUCCCUUCCGUUGCCACGUUCCUGGAUGACGCUUUGACUUUUACUUCCCGCCCCCCGGGGACGGCCAUUCCUUUGGGGUCCAAACUUCUUUCGGUCCGACACGUGGACAUUAAACGCAAGAGUGAUUUGGCUCAGGUGCCCUUGACGUCCAAGCGACUUUGGCUCCGCGUUGCUGACCCAGCCAGUAGUCGGCGGCGUCUUUCGCCGGCCUCCAAGCAAUUCUUGCUUUACUGGAAGCAUUGGGCUGAGGAUCCUCCUCUUCUUCGACCUUUGCAAGUUCCUUUGGCGUCACCCGUGGAGGCGGCGGCUGACGCCAUGGCCUCAUCCAACAGGUUUGCUAUCGGCGGCUAUGUCAAGAUGCCCAGUGGCAACUUGCUUUGGUUUUCGCAGUCUUGGGUCAUGGCCGAUUUGCACUUCACCAAUUUGGAUCUCAGCGACGAUGCUCAGUCGUACAUCGCUUCCUUUGAAACCUUGGCCCAGAUUGCCUUGCUGCAUUGCGCCUCGGCCAUGAUCCCUUUUGGUCGCCUUCGCAUUCGAAUCAAAAAGUGGUGCGAUAAUGCAGGUGCAGAAAGUGUGUCUAACAAACUUUACACUCGCAAGUAUCUGCUUUGCAUUUUCGCACAACGACUUGCGCUUUUCAGCACGUAUUCGUCGAUGUCUCUGGACGUUUCGCAUAUUCCUGGCGGGUACAACAAGGACGCAGACAUGCUCUCACGCAUUGAAGAUUUUGCCGAUUUGCCUGACAGGUUUCCUUUGAGCGCGCGACUGGUUUUGGACUUAGAGCAGCUUUGGUUUCGCAGGUCUGCGGUUUCUCUGACGCCGCCUGACUUUCCACUUCGCUGGAAGAUACCUGUGAACGAGUUCUUUCGAUGA